AUGUCAACCUGGUCACCGUCGCCAACUCCAAGUCACGCGACACCACUGAAGCCCAAACAACCCAAACCCAAGUCGGUAGCUCAGCGCAGAGUAUACGGGAAACGAAGAGCCAUCGCCGCCAGAGCUGUAUUCGACCAAAGAAGCCCGGUAAAAGAGACCAGAUCCAAAGCCCAACAUGUUGACCCCGUGGAAAGCCUCCAAGUGAAACUAGCCCAAGUGACAAUCGAUGACGACUCAACCCCUCAACUAGAUCAUCAUGCAGAGCCUCUGAAUCUUAAAGGCAAGAGGCAGCAACAUUUACCGAAAACUCCCUCUGAUGAACUGAGUCCAUCCACGAUAGAGGACACUUCAAACACAACGACAACACAAUCCUCCGUGAAGUCCUCCCUGGAGGAAACAAAGUCAAAAUCGAAGCAAUGCGAAACGAUGGUAGAGGUCAAAAUAUGCCCAAAGGCUCCAGAAAGUCCCCCGCGGAUCAUAUCAGACUCCCCAGCUACGACGUCGGAGUCCACAAGCAAGGAUCGAGAAAAGGCAAGCACAGCUUCCGAUGGAAGGAGAGCGGAAAGGAAGAUGAUUCCCACACCCACAUGGUCCUCUGAAGUUGCCCACGACAGCAAAGCCAGCGGGUAUGUCAGCCCAAUUCUGAAUGAGGCACUAUCACCAAUUGCCGCGCAGGGUAUUCAGAAGUUCGACUCAUGGGCUUCGAGAUCAGCAAACAUGUUCGAUGUCGCAAAACUCGCAGAGGGAUCCUACGGUGAAGUCUACAAACUUCACAUGCGGGAAGAAGUUUGCAGAACAGUGGUGUCAAAAUCAAAGUUGGCUAAACUGAAAUCAUAUGGCGAUGGAGUCUUCAAGAUUGUGCCUCUGCGAGCAAAGAGCGGUCCCGGAUCCAAAAAGUUCACUACAAUUGAUGAGAUUGUUGCCGAGGUCAAGAUGCUCAAGUAUCUGGACCCGGUCCCUGGCUUUGCUCGCUUCAGAGAGAUUCAUGUAGUUCAAGGUCGUUUUCCAGAGUCAUUCCAAGAUGCAUGGGAUCACUAUAAGAAGACCAAAGAUGACUGCAUGAAUCCCAACCCGUCCAACAAAAAAGCUUACCCCGACACACAGCUAUGGGCAAUUGUUGAGAUGGACGAUGCGGGAUGUGAACUGGAAAAGUUCCCUUGGUCGUCAAUUUUCCAGAUCUAUGAUAUCUUCUGGGGGGUUGCCAUGGCUUUGGCCAGGGCAGAGGAGUAUGCUAUGUUUGAACAUCGAGAUCUUCAUUUAGGAAAUGUUUGCAUACGUUCUACGCGGGAGGAUGGUUGCAUGGAUCCCCCCACGGAACACGAUAUUGCACGACAUUCAUCCUCCAGCGGAUUUGGAAUCAGCUCCCUUGAAACUACCAUCAUCGACUACUCUCUCUCUCGGGCAGAUCUACUCCUGACCGAUGACCCUGCCGGUCUCACUGAGGUCGCGUCGUCAGAUCUGGACAAGAAGCAAUUGUUCGAUGCUAUUGGCCAAGAUGAAGACGAGAUUAUGCAACGAAACACCUACCGAUAUAUGCGCGCAACACUUUAUACUGGUUGCCCCAUGAAAACAGAAAAGGUGGCGGAUAUCCCUGGCAUCUGGGCAGAAUACUCCCCACGCACCAACUUGGUCUGGCUACUGUUUUUGCUCCAGAGUCUGUUUAAAAACUGCAAACCUGAAAAACUGCCUGUAAAGCCACAAAGAAAGGCUCUUGCAUCUUGCUCGCCGAACAAGAUGACACCGAAACCGGAGACAGCCAAAGGAAACCUCCAGAUUAAGGCCGGGUCCCUCAUCAAGAAGGGACAUGCCAAAGACAUACAGGUUGGUAUCUCACAUCUCAAGCAAACACUAAAUGACAGACUGAAAUCUGUCCUCGAACUUCUUGAUUUGGAACAUGGACAUGAAGACAUGUGUUGCGCUGCAGAUUUAGUGGCCUAUGCGAUGGACUCGCAAUGGCUAGGCGAACAAGAUUUUUUCUAA